GGUGCUGUGGUCGUGGGCCAGUUGACUGCCUAUUCUUGCUUUGGAAUCAUGUUUCACUGUUCAGUUUUAGCGGGAUCAUAUCGCAUAGCAUCUCGGCACCCGUUUUCUUUUCUUUUCCUUUCUCGAUAUAUAUAUAACUAGUAUAUCUUAUUCUCAGGGCCGUAUAGAUCUGCGAUUCUUCCUACCCGUGCAUUGCGGGAUUUAUCCUGCUAACUGUUAUACGACACAUUUAUCUACCCUUGAGAUCAUCUAUACCACGGACGGCUACCAUAUUCAGCGCAAAAUGCUUCCUCCCCCCGGCUCCUUUCUCCGUCAACUACAGAAAUUUGCAGAAGCAAGAGCAGCCGCUCAAAAUCAAACGAGGGCGUCGCCUCCACCUCCAUAUUCAAGGAGUAAUGUACCAGAUCUCGCCCUCGCCGAAAACGAGUUGAUUGACAAGGAUGAGCCGGAAGGUGCUGAUGAUGGCGAUGAUGGCGAUGAAUGCAUGUCCUGGGAGUUUAUUCCUAGCAACGACAAUCGUCACCACCACACCACCGUUAACAUCCAUAUCGACGCAUCGAUCAACGUGCGAGGGAAUGGCAACACCUUAAUCAUACCACCUGUGGCAGGUCCACAGCAAGCCAACAACCCUACAACAUCUUCCUCGCUACCAAGUUCUACGAUGCAGCAGCAGCAGCAAUCAGCACAGCGACAUCGCCAGACCAAGUUAACAGGCAUGGCGACGUCUAUUAUCACCGCUCUUGGCAGGGCCAGCCUCCUUCACCUGACCAAAGACGGAUCUUCACCCGUAAAAAUCAAUAUUAACUCGGGAAUAAAGAUCGAAGGAAGUCGAAACGUCAUCUGCCCGGGUAACAGCCUCUCCCCCGGCAGUUCUCUCGCGAAUCGACAUUAUGUCCAGAUUAGUAGAGUUGGGAGCUUACGUGAGAUGGACAGAAAGAGACGCGCCAACUCAGUACGUCCUUCUUCACCAGUAGAGAACCUUGAUUAUGAGGUAUUUAUCCAUUUAGAGACACAUAGUGUUACUGACGCUUUACAUGCAGGAGCCACCGGAGAUGCCCCACGCAAAAAGAGUGUGAUGUCCGAGGCAUGA